AUGAUCAAUUCAAAGAAUUUUACUCGAUACUUUCGAAAUUAUUUCAUAUAUACUAGCUAUACUCUAGAAAGAUCUCAUUUUAUUCUUACGCUUUCUCUUCUAGUUAAUAUUCCUGCUAAUGUUACAUUGAAACAGAACGGAGUGACUAUUGCUGGAGGUCACGGGGAAGGGAAUGCCACUAAUCAACUCCACUGGCCUCAUGGUCUCUUCGUUGAUGAUGAUCAAACAGUGGUUAUUGCUGACUACAUGAAUCAUCGUAUCAUGCAAUGGAAGAACUGUGAUACAACGAAUGGACAAGUUGUUGCUGGUGGUAAAGGCGAAGGAAACGGAUUACAUCAAUUGAAAUAUCCAGCUGAAGUAUUAAUUGACAAAGAGACGGAUGGUCUCAUUAUUUGUGAUCUAGGGAAUCGACGAGUUGUACGAUGGUCUCGUCGUAAUGGCACAACACAAGGAGAAAUACUCGUCGACAAAAUCAGUUGUUCUGGAUUAGCAAUGGAUGCGCAUAGAUAUCUCUACGUCUCUGACGUCGAAAAACAUGAAGUAAGACGAUAUCAAUUGGAUGAGAAGAAUAGCACUAUCGUAGCUGGUGGAAAUGGACAAGGUGAUGGAGUCAGUCAACUCAACGUGCCGAAAUAUCUCGUUGUCGCUCGAGAUCAGUCGGUGUACGUAUCAGACAACUGGAAUCAUCGUGUAAUGAAAUGGAUGGAAGGCGCAAAAGAAGGUAUUGUGGUUGCUGGAGGACAAGGCCGAGGGAAUGCUCUGACACAGUUGUCUCAUCCUAAUGGAAUCUUCGUUGAUACGUUGGGUACACUCUUUGUAGCAGACUCGUCGAAUCAUCGUGUAAUGCGCUGGACUCAACGAGACAAGAAACAAGGCACUGUAAUUGUGGGUGGAAAUGGCGAAGGAGCAGGAGAAAACCAGUUCCACUGCCCCUAUGAUUUUUCUUUCGAUCGACAAGGUAAUCUCUAUGUCGCCGAUGAGUAUAAUCAUCGUGUUCAACGAUUUUCUAUCGAAAAAGACUUGUGA